AAGCUGCUGGUAAAACUGUCUCUAGUUUUUGCCUUAAGUCUUACCCCUUUACCAAACCUCAUCUCUAUCUCUCUAUAUAAGAACAACAUAAGUACUUAUUUAACUCAACUCAACACAACACAUCGCAACAAAACAAAUUACUCAUAAUUUUUUGUUCACUGAGAACUUUCCCACCUUUACAAAGAAAUAUUUCAAAGAAGGCAAUAUGAGUUCAACAAGCAGAGCCUGGAUUGCUGCAGCAAGUAUUGGAGUAGUGGAAGCUUUGAAAGACCAAGGUGUCUGUAGAUGGAAUUCUGCUUUGAGAUCCAUACAACAUCACACAAAGGCCAAUCUCAGAGCCUAUUCUCAGGCCAAGAAAAUCCCAGCUCAGUAUUCUAAUAACAAGUUCAAAGAUGAAAAAUGGAAGCAAUCUGAGGAAUCUCUUAGAACUGUCAUGUACUUGAGCUGUUGGGGUCCCAAUAACUGAGGCCCCUAUGAAUUUUUGUAAUAUAGUUUCCCAUUUUUAAGUGAAAUAUAUAUAUGUAUUUAAUUUAAUUGCUCUCUUUCCUUUCGAA